UAUGAAUACAAUGACUUGCUCAUAUGAAGAAUUGAGUGAUAUGGAGAUAUUUCAAUCAAAUGUUAGGCACAAUAUUCAUCAUUUCUCAUAUGAAACAAAGUCCUUUGCAAAGCACAAUUUACUCUUUGAUACAAAAGUGAAAAAAGAAGAUGCCUGCCUAUUUAUAUGUCUAACAUUGUUUAACACUGUUGGAGUUAAAUUUUGUAAAAGUUCUCUAACCUAUAUGAGCCAACCAAUAAUUGCUGGCUGUCGUAGAGUGCUAUACAGCAUUGUUGAUUGCUAUUAUAACAAUACAAUGUCACACAAGUCUGCACAAAUUAUUGAUACAAAUUGUAUGCCAAAUGUGAAAAAUACUACCAAAAGAUUCUACAAUAUUCAAAAUGUAAAAUUUAAGCUUAGUACUAUAAAUAAAACAAGAGAAUUUUCUACUGGUAUUCUUCAAAUUCAAAUGGAUAAUGAAAGAUUUAUUCGGUCAUUAGAAUUUUCUGUUAUUCCCCAAUGGCUGAGUAAUAAGAUAUGUGGAAUCAUGGGAUUUGAUUACAUUCAUUCUCUUUCAAAAUAUAUUGCUAUACAAUUUGAAAGUUUAGCAGCAACUUUUCAAAGUUAUACUUUACAAUUAAUGUAA